AUGGAGGGUGGUGAGUUCACCUUGCAGAUCUACACAGGCAGUGUCACUGUAGGGACCAUCUACUGCCCAGUCUCCGCCCACAGUGACACCACUGCAUCUGAGGUCAUUGAGCAUAUCAUCAACAGGCUCUGCCUCGAAUGUGGCAGGUGCUAUGUCCUGGCGGAGGUGAAGGAGUUUGGGGGGGAGGAGUGGAUCUUGAACCCCACAGACUGCCCUGUCCGGUGCAUGCAGCUGUGGCCCCGCCCCUCUGCAGAGCGUGGCUGUGGUGGCGGUGAGUUCCGCUUCCUGCUGCGUGAGAAGGACCCUGAUGGCUCAGUGCGCUACGGCAAUGCACAUAGCUGGCCACACACAAUGGAGGAGCGACAGCGCCACCUGGUGGAGCGGGGGUUACUGCCGCAGCCGCCGCAGGUGGACCACGACGACCUGUGUAACCUGCUUGACGUCAGUGAGGACGUGCUGCUGGCUCACCUGCGUGGCCGCUUUAGGCAGCAGAAGAUUUACACCUACCUGGGGAGCAUCCUCCUCGCCCUCAACCCCUUCCGCUUCCUGCCCCUCUACAACCCCAAGUACGUCCACCAGUACAGCAGCCUGCGGCCCGGCAGCCUGGAGCCGCACAUUUACGCCGUGUCGCACACGGCCUACCACGCCAUGCUGCGCCGCCGCCGUCCCCAGGUCAUCAUCAUCUCCGGGGAGGGGGCCUCAGGGAAGACCCAGAAUGCCAACUUCCUGAUCCACCACCUGGCCGCGCUCAGCCAGAGGGGCUGCACCAGCAGGGCUGAGCGGGCCAUUCUGGGGGCGGGACCCGUGCUGGAGGCAUUUGGAAAUGCAAAGACGGCUCAAAAUAACAACUCCAGCCGCUUUGGCAAAUUUAUCCAGGUCAGCUACCGGGAGACUGGCACUAUGAGAGGGGCUUAUGUACAGAAGUACCUGCUGGAGAAAUCACGACUGGUCUACCAGGACCCCAAGGAGCGGAACUACCAUGUGUUUUAUUACCUGCUGGCGGGAGCCAAUGAGAGUGAACGGGCGGAGUUCCACCUUAAGCAGCAUGAGGAGUUUCACUACCUGAAUCAGCAGGACUGUCUUCUGGUGGAAGGGGUGGAGCUGAAGCAGGACUUUGAGCGACUUCAGAUGGCCAUGGAGAUGGUCGGGUUCCUGCCCGCCACAAGGAAACAGGUCUUCUCUCUGCUGUCAGCCAUCCUGCACCUGGGGAAUAUCUGCUAUAAGAGGAAGAACAGGGAGGAUUCUGUGGAUAUCUGCAACCCAGAGCUGCUGCCCACAGUGUCAGAGCUGCUCCAGGUGAAGGAGAAGAGGCUUUUUGAAGUUUUGACCACACGGAAGACGGUGACUGUGGGAGAGAGGCUGGUCCUUCCUUACAAACUGUCUGAAGCUGGUACAGUACGCGACUCCAUGGCCAAAUCCCUCUACAGUUCCCUGUUUGACUGGAUUGUGUUCAGGAUCAACCAUUCGCUGCUCAACACCAAGGCCCUGGAGGAGCAUGCCAAGACCCUGUCCAUUGGAGUGCUGGACAUCUUUGGCUUUGAAGACCACGACAGCAACAGCUUUGAGCAGUUUUGCAUCAACUUCGCCAGUGAACAGCUCCAGCACUACCUCAACCAGCACAUCUUUAAGCUGGAGCAGGAGGAGUACGAGGCAGAGGGAAUCAGCUGGCAGAGCAUUGACUUCAUUGAUAACAGCGGCUGCAUCGACCUCAUCAGCAGGAAGCCCACAGCACUGCUCCACCUGCUGGACGAAGAGUGCAACUUUCCACAAGCCACCAACCAGACACUGCUGGACAAGUUCAAGCGGCAGCACGAGGGGAGUGGCUUCAUCGAGUUCCCCACCGUCAUGGAGCCAGCCUUCAUCAUCCGCCACUAUGCUGGAAAAGUCAAGUAUGGGGUCAAGGACUUCAGAGAGAAGAACACAGACCACAUGAGGCCAGACAUGGUGGCCCUGCUGAAGAGCAGCCGAAGCGCCUUCAUCUGCAACCUCAUGGGUGUGGCCCCUGUGGCCACCUUCCGCUGGGCAGUGCUGCGAGCAUGUUUCAGAGCCCUGGCAGCCUUCAGAGAAGCAGGCAGAAGAUACACAGAGAGUAAGAGAGAUCUGCAAUGCACUAACACACAGGAGGAGAAAUCACCUCGGCUGAAUAAAGACCACAAUGCAAAGCCCCUCCUUCCGAAGCGCCUGCUGGAUGUGAAGUCCCUGAUACACCUGAGCAGCCUGACGCUGCAGGACGGCGUCACCAAGUCCCUGCUGCACCUGCACAGGAAAAAGAGACCGCCCAGCAUCAGCGCCCAGUUCCAGGCUUCUCUGAACAAACUGAUGGAGAUGCUCAGCCAAUCAGAGCCUUACUUUGUCAAAUGUAUCCGCUCCAACACAGAGAUGGUCCCUCUACAGUUCAAUGACAGUGUUGUCCUGCGUCAGCUGCGGUACACAGGCAUGUUGGAGAUGGUUCACAUUCGCCAGUCAGGGUACAGCAUCAGGUACACCUUCAAGCAGUUUAUCCAGCACUUCCAUGUGCUUUUACCUGUGAGCUCCAGCACAGCCCAGGAGAACAUUAGGCAGUACCUGCGCCAGGUGGCCCUGCAUCCUGACGCCUUUCAAGUGGGCAGGACAAUGGUGUUUCUGCGGGAGUCGGAGCGGCAGCACCUGCAGGAUCUGCUCCGUCGGGAGGUGUUACGGCGAGUGGUCGCGCUGCAGCGGCGUGUCCGCGCCGUGCUGGGGAGGAGGCACUUCAUCAGGGUGAGGCGGGCAGCUGUGUGCAUCCAGCGAUGGUGGCGGAGUUGCAGACUGGAACGGCUGGCUAUGGAGAGCGCCCCUGGCCUCCAGCAGGGGGCAGCUAUGCAUGUGCCGACAGCAUUACAUGAGUAUGGGGAGUGUAAGAGGUCCCUGUUGCAGCCGGCGUUUCGGGUACUAAACAAGAAAAAGCUGAAACAGCAUCAGAAGCUGAUUGGACAAAACCGCUCAAAGCCAGAGGACAAAGCCCACAGGAUCAUGGGAUUAGACCUGAACAUGUUGCCAGAGCUGCAGAGGAGUCUCUGGAGGGUUGGGAGAGGACCAGGGGUUAAAGAUGGAGUGAAGAUGGAGGCUCUGGUGGACUCACAGGAGCAAAGGGGAAAGGGACGGAGUACAGAAUCUGUGAGUGGAGCUUGGGCAGAGGUAGGAGAGAGGGAGAGCUCCAAGGUGAUGGAUGAGCCCAAUAUGGAGAGCUGCAGGAUGACAGAAGUGGAGUCCACAGUGAGGGCGUGGCCAUUGGAGGAGGGGCCCACAGAAAGGGCAUGCCCAUUAUUAGAGGAAGGGCCCACAGAGGGGCCUUGGUUGUUAAAGAAGGGGCCCACAGAGAGCAUUUGUCCACUAGCAAAGGGGCUGACAGAGAGGGCAUGUCCUCUAGAGAAGAGACCCACAGAGAGGAUGUACCCAAUAGAGGAAGGUCCCAUGGAGUGUGUGUCUCCAUUAGAAGAGGAGCUGAUGAAGGUAUGUCCAUUGGAGGAGUGCCAGGAAUCUGCUGUGCUGUUGGCAGAGGGUGUGCCCAGCCAGAUACCCCUAGACAGUGAGCAUUCCAGUGGGAGCAGCACUGAGGACAGAGUGGUAACUGUGGAGACAGAGGAGUCCAGCUCUCCCUUCUCCAGGCCAGACCAGGUAGAUGUGUCUCCCAGCAACCCCAGAACAGAUUCUUCCAGCCUGGCUCUCAUCCCCAGGCUGCCAGCCCUCUCCAUACCUUCUACUAAGAGCACCUGCAGCAUGGUCCCCCAGCCCAGCGGUGACCCAGGCAGUGGCAUGCCCAGCAGGGAGAGGGGCAGGAUCUGUCGCGGGCCGCUGGUGGUCCUCAUCAGCAUGUGCAGUGACACGGUGCUGAACGGUGUUGAGGUCCAGCCUUCAAUCAGAGAGCCCCCUGACCCCGUGAGUCAAGACAGUGAGAAGGACGUGGAGGCUCGGAGUGCUGAAAAGGCAGAGCCUUGGAGGAAGGAGGGGGAGGCGCCUCAGAACACUGAGAGUGUGGUGCCUCAGAACAUUAAGAAGGUGGAGCUUCAGAACAUUGAGAAGGUGGGGCCUCAGAACAUUGAGAGUGUGGAGCCUCAGAACAUUGAGAGGGUGGAGCUUCAGAACAUUGAGAAGGCGGAGCCUCAGAACAUUGAGAAGGCGGAGCCUCAGAGCAAAGAGAAAUAUGAGUGUCAGCAGCAGUUGGAUCAGAGGCAGAGAGAGGGGGAUGAGGAGCAGAUGGAGGGGGAGGAGGAGCUCCACGAGAGGCAGGGAGAAGACCACGCCCACUCAGAGAGGAAUAUGCUCAAGAGGACAACAGACAACCUGCAGGAGAUCCAGCAGAGCAAGCAGGAGAGUGCAGUGCCAAAGGGGGGACAGUUGUCCCAUGCACUGUGCUCUACUCCCGCCCAUUCAAAGCAGCCUGCACCAUGUGUGGAUGUCCAGAUUACACUCCACCUGCAGGAUGUAGAUGGACAGGCUGCAUCUCCUGCUGCUAAAACCUGUCCUGUCCCUGAAGAGGGCAGCUGGGUACCCACACUGACCCAGGAGCCCCAGAGGGGUGUGGCUAGAGAAAUGCCAUACAAGAAGACCACAACUCACACCAUCAGUAUCAGCAUGACAGACAGGCCAAUAAGCCAUAGCUCCAUCCCUAAGGACAACCAGGGUUUGCUCACCAAGUCUGAUAAAGACUGUGUGAAUCAGGAGAGGUCAAAGGCCAUCGGCAGGGGUGAGGUGUCCAGACCAGUUCAUAAAAAGAGACCUCGCAUUUCACGAACACGCUCCACCUUGCUGGCCCAAGGUUUAACCCAAGAGAAGGAGGAGGGGUCAUAUCACAUGCAUGCCCUGCCCCUUUUGCUGUCACACCCACCCCUCAUAGAGCAAGAGGCAGAGAGCAACACAGAGGCGGCCUAUCACAGUGACCCUGAAAUGUCGUCCUCGUACUGUGAGGAACAGAAGGUCCUGCAGAAAGCAGUGCUGGCUGGAGGGGUGGGCAAGUCGAGCACACUGGGGAAGCUCACUCCCACAGAGAGCAGGGUUCGAGAGAAGAUGCGUUUUUGGAGGAAGAAGGCUCGCAGGCAGAAGUCAGUAGCCCUGCCAGAUGGACACCCCACCCACACAGGUGAGCAGCCUUUGACCCCCCCACAGGAAGAGCUGGAGGGUGUGGAGCUCAGAGACCCCUCCCCCGGGUCAACGAAGCUCCGCACCAUGCAGAUCAGCAUUGCAGGCGAGCGGCUGAGUGUCGACAAGCCCAUCCUCACUUGCUCUGCGGACUACAAGAGCAUGGACCACUUCCUGCUGAAGAAGAUCAGGGAGCUGGACUCUGAGGAUGAUCAGAGGGACACUGUAGUGGACAUUGUCUUUAAAAAGGCGCUCAGGGAAUUCCGUCUGAACAUUUUCAACUCUUACUCCACCACCUUGGCUCUGGAUGAUGAGAAGAGUGUGCGCUGUAAGGACCUGUAUGCCCUGUUCGAGCAUAUCCUGGAGAAGAUCAUGCGCCAGGAGCAGCAAGAUUGGAGUGAAUCGCCCGUCACGGUCUGGCUCAACACCUUCAAGGUCCUUUUGGACGAGUUCAUGAUGGAACACAAGCUCCCGGAGAGCAUGCCCUGUAAGGUGACAAAACCUGACCGCAAAACAAGGAGGAGGAAGGACCCAGAUGUUGUGGAGGAGCACCUAGGUCACGUCUUCAGGUCCACACACUACAGCAUCCCCACCCACUGUGAGUUCUGCUCUUCCCUCAUCUGGGUCAUGGACAGCGCCUACGUCUGCAAAUUGUGUCAGUAUGCCUGCCACAGGAAGUGUUGCCUUAAAAUGACCACCAGUUGCAGCAAACAGUACGACCAACAACAGUCCCCAAGACACUUUGGGGUGGAGCUGUCCCUACUGACCACUGAGGAGAAAACAGUGCCCCAGGUGGUGGAGAGGCUGAUCAGCUACAUCGAAAUACACGGCCUGUACACAGAGGGCAUCUACAGGAAGUCGGGGUCCCUCAAUAAGAUCAAAGAACUCAGGCAGAGGCUGGACACAGACCUGAACAAUAGCAAUCUGGACUCCUACAAUGUGCAUGUCAUCACUGGUGUCUUCAAGCAGUGGUUACACAGUCUGCCAAAUCCUCUCAUGACGUUUGAACUGUAUGAGGAAUUCCUCCGAGCUAUGGCCUUGUCAGAUAAGAAGGACAGGGUUGGAGCUGUGUUCUCCGUACUCAAGCAGCUCAGCAGACCCCACCUCAGCACUCUGGAACGACUCAUGUUCCACCUGGUCAGGAUCUCUCUGCAGGAGGAGACAAACCGCAUGUCGGUCAACGCCCUUGCCAUUGUUUUUGCCCCCUGCAUUAUGCGCUGUCCUGACACCAGUAACCUGCUGCAAAGCAUGCAGGACAUCAGCAAGACCACUGCGUGUGUGGAGCUGAUACUUGCUGAGCAGGUGAAAAAGUAUCGGUCCAGGCUGAGGAACAUCAGCAGUCUGGAAUUCACUGAGAGCAAAGCCCAUACCAGGCUGAGUCUGGUGCACAGGUCCCUGGUGAGUGCAGGCAGAUGGUGAGGAAUGGAAGCAAAUGGUUAAACAAGGCCCUGUUGUGUGUUACAGGGCAAAGGGCGUUUGUGUGUGACCGACUGCCAUGCCCCGUCACCCCCUGUGAGCACCCUGCAGCCUGGGCUUGUGGGCGGGGAUGAGGAGGUGGGUGGGGCUGCGGCACUGUCUGACCUGCAGAAGGAAGAGAAGGUUCUGACACAGCAGAUCGAGAGCCUGCAAAAGGAGAAGGAGGAGCUUACCGUUGACAUAAUGACCCUGGAGCUGCAGGCCUCCGAUGACGAGGCUCUAGGGGGUGAGGCCCCCAUUGGGCAGGCGGAGAGCUCUGCCACAGUGAACAGCAAUCCAAAGAGCGCAGUGAAAAGUCAGAGGUCAGAGGGGUGGAGCCAUCAGACUCCAAGGAAACACCUGAGUUCCAGCUCCUCCUUCUCCCUGCACUCCCAUCUCCACUCUUGUUCCAGGUCACCGUUGUCAGAUGUGCCCCAGUCCAUACAGCCCAGCAGCACCCUGAAAAAGACCUGCCCAGUGCAGGAGGACACAGGGAGGGUGCAGUUUACCUCUAGCCCAGAGGGGGUCAGACUGAUACCCAUCAGGAACUCACCCCAAAAUCAGGAGCACAAGAGAAAUCCUGACUUCAGUUUGGCACAGCAGGUGGUGCUGUAUGGCAACAAAGAGUUCAUGGUGUGA